GCAGGCGCUGUCCUGCGUGGCCGAGACGCCGACCGUCCAUGUGGAGGUGCACCAGCGAAGCGGCAGCAAAAAAAGAAGAUAUAAAGCAGAGUGUUAAAAAGCUGCUUUACAGACAUAAUAUUGUGUUUGGUGAUUACACAUGGACUGAGUUUGAUGAACCUUUUCUGACCAGAAAUGUGCAGUCUGUGUCUAUUGUUGACACAGAAUUAAAGGUUAAAGACUCACAGCCCAUCAAUUUGAGUAUGUGCACUAUUGCACUUCACAUCUUCCACCUGAAUGAAGAUGGCCCCACCAGUGAAAAUUUGGAAGAAGAGACAGAAAAUAUAAUUGCUGCAAAUCACUGGGUUCUGCCUGCAGCUGAAUUCCAUGGGCUGUGGGACAGCCUGGUGUAUGAUGUAGAAGUUAAAUCUCAUCUCCUCGAUUAUGUGAUGACUGCGCUACUGUUUUCAGACAGGAAUGUUGACAGCAAUCUCAUCACCUGGAACCGGGUAGUGCUGCUUCACGGUCCUCCAGGAACUGGGAAAACAUCCCUGUGUAGAGCCCUUGCCCAGAAAUUGACCAUUCGACUUUCAAGCAGGUCACAGUCCUCCAGUGCCUAUUGUCCAGUGCCCUCCACAGAUGUUGUUUCAUUUAUUCUGUCCAGUGUUGUAAUUGGUGAAGGCAGAGGGUACCGGUAUGGCCAGUUAAUUGAAAUAAACAGCCAUAGCCUCUUUUCUAAGUGGUUUUCAGAAAGUGGCAAGCUAGUAACUAAGAUGUUCCAGAAGAUCCAGGAUCUAAUUGAUGACAAAGAUGCUCUGGUGUUCGUGCUGAUCGAUGAGGUGGAGAGCCUCACAGCUUCCCGCAAUGCCUGUAGGGCAGGCACUGAGCCUUCAGAUGCCAUCCGUGUGGUCAAUGCUGUCUUGACCCAAAUCGAUCAAAUUAAAAGGCACUCCAACGUGGUGAUACUGACUACUUCCAACAUCACAGAGAGGAUUGACGUGGCCUUUGUGGACAGGGCUGACAUCAGGCAGUAUAUUGGACCACCCUCUGUGGCAGCCAUCUUCAAAAUCUACCUUUCUUGUUUGGAAGAACUGAUGAAGUGUCAGAUCAUAUACCCUCGCCAGCAGCUGCUGACCCUCCGCGAGCUGGAGAUGAUUGGCUUCAUUGAAAACAACGUGUCAAAGUUGAGCCUCCUUUUGAGUGAAAUUUCAAGGAAGAGUGAGGGCCUCAGCGGCCGUGUCCUAAGAAAACUCCCUUUUCUGGCUCAUGCGCUGUACAUUCAGGCUCCCACCGUCACCAUCGAGGGUUUCCUCCAGGCCCUGUCUCUGGCAGUGGACAAGCAGUUUGAAGAGAGAAAGAAGCUUUCCUCUUGUGAUUGAGCUAGGCCCCCUACCUGUGCUUUUCAAAUCAUGACUACAGCCAGUGAGGUCACUUCCCCGGGAAUCCCCAUACAGCAUGGCAUAAAUGUGCAGCACCAAGCAUUAAAAGAAGUGUGCUGUAUUUACAAAUUUCUAAAUGGAAAUUAGAAGGCAAGUGGCCUGUCAUUUUCACUGUUUUAAAGGGUAAUAG